AAUUAGGACUCCAGCAGUCAGUCUUGCUGUAGCCAUGGAUGUACUGUUUUGUUGUGCAUUACAGAAAUGUUUUAAUUGGAAAAGCUAGGCGUGGAUUAACCGUGGUAUCUGACUGAUGCAUUAGAAUACUAAGCAACACUGCAGAGUUGUAAACUGCAUUAAAAAAAGAAGGAGGGGGGGGCAAAAGAGAGAAGGGUUUGUAUUGCAGAGGCUUUUAAUACAUUCCACAGUGCAAACCUGUUAGAGCAUAUAUCCUGGAGCUACGAUCUGGACACUAAUUCAGUGUUUGCAGUUAUGAUGGACAAGAGUAUAAAGAAGAAACUUUAAUAUCCAGGGUGUGGGAUUCCUGAAUCGCCUAAGAUGCUGAAGAACCUUUGCAAAAUUUCAUCUACAAUAUGAACGUGAAGUUUCCGAAAAGUGGACCCGAAGAUAAGCCACUCGUAAAUGCAUUUUAGUGAAGAGGAAAAAAAGGAAUUUGAAGAAUUCAUAUCUUGCCUUUUAAUGUAUUGUUGCUUUAACCUGCAGUUCUAAUCCAUUUCAGAAUUAAUUCAAUUUUAGCAGCACUUUUUGGGUACAUGCUUCUUGCCUGGGGGAACGUAUGGAUAUUUGUAUUUGAAAAGCUAAGAAACAUUUUGAUUUGAAUUUAUGUGCUUGUUAAAACUGGAACAUUUUUAUAGGAAUUGCUGCUGCUAACUCACUGCAAUACUGAAAACUACUCAGAUAUAGUGGAAGCUGUAAUUGAAUUCAGUGUGAAAUUCAAGCCUGAGAAGUUGCAUACAUGUACAUGUGCUGCUUUGGUUUAUGAUUUUUAAAGAGAAUCCAGAAGGGAUUUUACUCCAUAUUUUUCUUCUGUGGCUUUUAUUUGAGAAAGGAAACUUUUUUCCCCAGCCUAAGAAAUGGCUUUUCUUGUUCGAUGUUAUGCCAACUGCUUGCAACCGUGGGCCUCCAAACUUCCAGCUGAUCUUACCAAGAUGCAUCUUACCGACAAUCCUCAUCCUCAGGUGACUCACGUCCCCUCAAGCCAGUCGGGAUGUAGCAUUGCCAGUGAUUCUGGGAGCAGCAGCCUAUCCGAUAUUUAUCAGGCUACAGAAAGUGAGAUGGGAGACGUUGAUUUAACAGGUCUUCCAGAAGCACCUGUAGACUCUGAAGAUGAAGAAGAAGAAGAAGAUGAAGAUAUUGACAGAACUUCAGAUCCGCUUCUAGGGCGAGAUGUUGUACGAGAGUGCCUUGAGAAAGAGCCUGCAGAUAAAACUGAUGAUGAUAUUGAGCAAUUACUGGAAUUUAUGCAUCAACUCCCUGCCUUUGCAAACAUGACUAUGUCUGUGAGAAGAGAACUUUGCUCAGUGAUGAUAUUUGAAGUAGUAGAGCAAGCAGGAGCCAUCAUACUCGAAGACGGCCAAGAACUCGAUUCUUGGUAUGUUAUUUUAAAUGGUACAGUGGAAAUCAGCUAUCCUGAUGGGAAGAGUGAGAGCCUCUGUAUGGGAAAUAGUUUUGGGAUUACUCCCUCUCUGGACAAACAGUACAUGAAUGGAGUGGUCAGAACCAAAGUAGAUGAUUGUCAGUUUGUCUGUAUAGCCCAGCAAGACUACUGGAGGAUUCUGAACCAUGUGGAAAAAAACACUCAUAAAGUGGAGGAAGAAGGAGAAAUUGUUAUGGUAAAGGAGCACAGAGAGUUGGAUCGCAGUGGAACCAGAAAAGGACACAUAGUUAUCAAGGCAACACCCGAGCGACUCAUCAUGCACUUAAUAGAAGAACAUUCUAUUGUGGAUCCAACCUACAUCGAAGAUUUCCUUUUAACAUACAGAACAUUUCUAACAAGCCCCCUGGAAGUUGGAAAUAAACUCUUGGAAUGGUUCACAGUGGACAGCCUCAGGGAUAAGGUUACCAGAGUGGUCUUACUGUGGGUGAACAAUCAUUUUAAUGACUUUGAAGGAGAUCCUGCUAUGACUCGAUUUCUGGAAGAAUUUGAAAAGAACUUGGAAGAUACGAAAAUGAAAGGACAUCUCAGAUUGCUGAAUAUUGCCUGUGCUGCCAAAGCAAAAUGGAGACAAAUUACCCUGCAAAAACCUUCUAGAGAUUCGCCACUGUUUUUCAGCCUCCUUGGAGGAAGUGACAAGGGUUUUGGUAUUUUUGUAGAGACUGUGGAAACGGGCAGUAAAGCAGCAGAAGCUGGACUUAAGCGUGGUGAUCAGAUAAUGGAAGUAAAUGGACAGAAUUUUGAGAACAUUACCUUUGUAAAAGCUCUGGAAAUCUUAAGGAACAACACUCAUCUCUCCAUUACUGUAAAAACAAACAUUUUUGUGUUUAAGGAGCUGCUCUGCAGGAUAGGACAAGAGAAGAAUGGAAUUCCACAUAUUCCAAAAAUUGCAGAAAAGAAAAACAACCGUUAUUCCAUCCCAGAUAUGCCUGGAGAUGUGGAACAGAUGUUUCCCCGUGAAAAAGGAAACAAGAAGAUGAAAGCAAACACUGUUUCUGGUGGGAGAAACAGAAUCAGGAAAAUUUUAGACAAGACCCGAUUCAGCAUCUUGCCUCCAAAACUGUUUAGUGAUGGUAGUGUGAGCCAGUCGCAGGACGACAGCAUUGUUGGGACUCGGCAGUGCAGACACAGCCUGGCCAUCAUGCCUAUUCCGGGAACGCUCUCAUCCAGUAGCCCUGACCUGUUGCAGCCUACAACCAGCAUUCUGGAUUUCUCUAAUCCUUCAGCUGUUGGGUUUUACUAUAUUCCGGAUCAAGUAAUAAGAGUUUUCAAAGCAGAUCAGCAGAGUUGUUACAUUAUCAUCAGCAAAGACACUACAGCAAAAGAGGUUGUGAGUCACGCUGUCCACGAAUUCAACUUGACUGGAGCCCCGGAGACCUACUCCCUCUGCGAAGUGUCUGUCAGCCCCGAGGGAGUCAUCAAGCAACGGAGACUCCCAGAUCAGUUCUCCAAAUUGGCCGACAGGAUUCAACUCAAUGGACGGUAUUAUCUAAAAAACAAUAUGGAGACAGAGACCUUAUGCUCAGAUGAGGAUGCUCAAGAGCUACUGAGAGAAAGCCAAAUUUCCCUCCUACAGCUGAGCACCAUUGAGGUCGCCACUCAACUUUCCAUGAGAGACUUUGAAUUAUUUCGCAAUAUUGAGCCUACAGAAUACAUCGAUGACCUUUAUAAGCUGGACUCCAAAACAGGAAAUGCUCACCUGAAACAGUUUGAGGAUGUCAUAAAUCAAGAGACAUUCUGGGUUGCCAUGGAAAUUUUAGCAGAGCCCAACCAACUCAAAAGAAUGAAGAUUAUUAAGCAUUUCAUUAAAAUUGCCCUCCACUGUCGAGAAUGCAAGAACUUCAAUUCCAUGUUCGCAGUUAUAAGUGGGUUAAAUCUAGCACCUGUAGCACGUCUCAGAGGCACCUGGGAAAAGUUACCAAGCAAGUAUGAAAAGCACCUCAGAGACCUUCAAGAUCUAUUUGAUCCGUCUCGAAACAUGGCAAAAUACCGCAACAUCCUUAGCAGCCAGAGUAUGCAGCCUCCAAUUAUUCCACUUUUUCCUGUUGUCAAGAAGGAUAUCACAUUUCUACAUGAAGGAAAUGAUUCUAAAGUGGAUGGCCUGGUAAAUUUUGAGAAACUCAGAAUGAUCGCCAAAGAAAUUCGCCAAGUUGUCAGGAUGACCUCAGCAAACAUGGAUCCGGCUGUAAUGUUCAGACAAAGGAAGAAGAGGUGGAGAAGUUUGGGAUCUCUGAGCCAGGGCAGCACAAACUCGAACAUGCUGGAUGUACAGGGAGGUGCUCACAAAAAACGUGCCCGACGCAGCUCGCUUCUGAAUGCCAAGAAGCUGUACGAGGAUGCCCAGAUGGCAAGGAAGGUGAAGCAGUACUUGUCCAACCUGAAUGUAGAGACAGACGAAGAAAAGAUCCAAAUAUUGUCACUUCAGUGUGAGCCCGCAUAUAGCACUCUGACAAAGAAUUUAAGUGAGAGAAGAGGAGCGAAAUCCUCAGAAAUGUCUCCAGUACCCAUGAGAUCAAUUGGCCAAACCACUAAAGCCCAUCAGCAUCAACAAAACAGGAUGAGUCAAGUUCUUCAGGUUCCAACUGUGAAUUUAUACCCCAGUAGGAAAAAGGGACUGACAAAGGAUCAUGUCACAUUCAGUACAGGUUCCCCACAGAAGUCAUUAAGCUUGUCUGAGGAAGUAAGUAGUAAGAAACAAACAGAUGACACUAUGUCCAUGGCAUCUUCUCUGCACUCCAGCCCACCUGCUUCUCCUCAGGGCUCUCCACGCAAAGUUGGUAACAUCCAAAGGUCGGAUAACUGCAGUCAGAUGAAUCUCUCUGGCUCUUCCUCAUCACUCGCCAGUGAAACCAGCAACAAGAACAGUGGACAACGCAGCUAUGGAAUAGGCUACGCCCUCAUACCUUCCACUAAAUCUGAUAACUUCUCGGAUUCCAGUCACAGUGAGAUUUCAUCCCGCUCCAGCAUUGUGAGCAACUGCUCAGUGGACUCAAUGUCAGCAGCGCUGCAGGACGAGAGGAGUUUGUCCCAGUCUCUUAUUGUGGUGGAUUCGGGGGGGGCAGAGAGAAAAGAGCAUCCUCAGCCGAUGGCUGAUUAUGGCCAGCCGUGCCCAGGCUGGUCAAUCAGUAGGCCUGCUCUCAUCAGAGGGAUGGCUUUCACGUCCUCCAUGAGCAGCGAGGAGAUCUCCCAUGAACAUAUCACGGUAGAGGCAGCAGAUAGCGGCCGGGGAAGCUGGACGUCAUGCUCAAGUAGUUCUCAUGACAACUUCCAGAAUAUCCCAAACCAGAAGAGCUGGGAUCUCCUCAAUUCUUACCGUCACACCCAGCUGGACGGACCUAUAGCUGAAGUCGAUCCCACAAACUGUUACUCAGAGGAGGCUUAUUUGUAUUCUGAAGCCUUUUCCAAAACCAACAGGCAGUCGAAAGCCAGCGUGGAGCUCGAUCAGUCUCGGCAGAGCUGGGCCUCCUCCAGCUCGCUGUCGGACACCUACGAAACAAACUAUGGGACAAUUAAGCGGAGGGGGCUGGAGAACUCUACAGCAGAGCAGGCGGAGGUUUUGGACUCUAAACCAGGCGCUGAUACAACUUACAAAACUGUUACUUCGAGUACAGAAAAAGGCCUGAUAGUGUACUGUGUCACCUCACCUAAGAAGGACGAUAGGUAUAGGGAGCCACCGCCCACCCCUCCGGGAUAUAUGGGGAUUUCUUUAGCGGACAUAAAGGAAGGAUCGCCCCACCACCCACACCUAAAACCUCCAGACUAUAGUGUGGCAGUGCAGAGGUCAAAGAUGCUGCACAGUGACCUCUCUAGACUUUCAUCAGCUUCUCUCGGUAGUGAACCGGUGGCCUGUAUUUCAUCGAAGAUGCCUCAGUGGCAUAGUCGGCAGCCGUCCAACCCCAAACUAGCAGAUAUGACUGACGCAGAUAGUGAAGAGGAUGAAGAUGAACAAGUAUCAGCAGUCUAACCAUUGGGCUAUUUAUGUAAACCACAACACAAGGGAUGUGGGGACAAGGACCACAUGAUUCUGUUAGCGAACGCUAACAACUUGCUGCUACUAACCUCAGACGUUGCGUUUGCCUCUGUCACGGACGAGAUGGAACGGGUUGGAUCACAUCUCUCUACCUUACUUCAGUCUACCACCGCCUAAGCAAGCUAUUUCUGCCUGUGAAAUAGAAAACCCUUUUCAAGGAGCGUACUGACUACCUGGAUACCGACGUUGGUAUCCGGAGAUGGACCAGGCUUCGUGCAUUUGGGAAGACCAGUUGUCACCACCACUUGAAACUUGGAAGCAUUCUUCUGUAUGAUACCAUAUAAUCCUUUGGUAGUUUUCCAUCGUCAUUAUUUUCUACAUGACCAUUAUAAGUCUAAGAGUGUUAUUUUAUGAACUUGAAAAAAAAAUAUAUCAAAAUGUCAGCAAAAGCAAAGGACAUUGCUGAAGUAUCUGAAAAUAAUUUAUUAAUUUAAUUUUUUUUAAUGGUAAUUUCCUUUAUUUGUGUUGGCAGUGCUCUGGUUGGCUAAUAUAAAUGUUUAGUCAAUGUGGUAGUAAAUUAGCUACACAUAAACUGUCGUGCUCUCAAACACAGAAAACUAGAAACGGGAUGUUAUCAGGUGCAGAAAUACAUGGAUUUUAGAGUGGUUUUAGAUAAAAUAUAAAUAGAGCACAAAGCCCCGCAGAGCGGCGUGUGUGGGGCAGGCAGCCCUGCCGUCUGCUGCUCCCCUCCUACACAGACACAGCAGAACCCCUCCGCCCUUGUAGUAUUUUUGGAAAUUUUUUAGCUGCCAGCCAACUAAGGCAAUAGUUGGUGCUCUGCUCUCCUCCCCUGUUAAGUAAUCAUUUGAAAUAUGGAAGCCGUAGCUCACAGGGAGCUGUUAGGGGAGUUUGAAGCUUUCCCAAAAGAGCUUAAACCAGGUUUUGCCCUGCAGAGUUCAGCAUGCAAAGCGUGUUGCUAGAAACCAAAACUAAACCGUGUGUUGUGGGUUUUAAGAUCAUCCCACGCAUUCUGGCCUUUUACCAGAGUUGCACAGGAUUUAGGUGCAAAGGUUAUCUUUAAAAAAAAAAAAAAAAAAAAAAAUUAUAAAUCACCUUCAUUUCACAGUAAAAUUUGUGAAACUGAGUAUUAAAUGACAUAAUGCUUAUAUAAGAGUGUAAUGCAUUUUAUGAUGGGUUAAAAAACCCUGUUGUGUUCAUCUGGAAAAUACAGGUGAUCUCAAAACGUUUUGUUUUAAAUCCUAGGUAAAAAUCCUGGUGUUGCUGAUGUCAGUAACAGUUUUGACUUACAGCCAGCCAGUAUUAACAUGUGAUCCUCUAGUUUGACUAUGGUCAAAUAAAUUGGUGGUUUGAUUUUGCUUAGCCAGCCAGAGCGCAGAGGGGUAAAACUGGAAAUACCUGCAGCUUCUUUCUUUCUUUCUUCUAGCACAUGAUGCCCCAUUCUAGUGUUAAAAUUGGACAUGAAUGUGUGAAUAUGUAUUUAAACAUUUAAUUGUAAAUCUUUGUUGUGAUGUUUACAGCCUAAGCUAGAAAGAAGAUGUUUGUAAUUUUUACAGUGCCUCAAAAAUGAUUUCUAUAUCCAUAGUUGUGAAGAGCUUUAAGGUUUUUUUUUUUUUUCUGUAUGUGUGCAGGGGGUGCAAGGUGAAUGCAACAUAUUCUGAAAAUGACACAAGUACCAAAACCAACCCAAAGCCUUUGAUGUGCUUUCCCCAUAGCAGCUUGGGACUAAUGAAACUGGGUGAAUGUGUAUGGCCCAGCCUGUGUCUCCAUUCGUAGCGGUGCCAGGUUCAAUAUUACCGUGUGGCUGGAACUUACCCAUAUUGAUUGGAAUUUGGAAGACGUAAAUGAACAGCGGUGCUGAGGAAGGGAUGCCCAAUUCAUAACUCAUUGGUCGGCUGUAUGAAUUUUUGGCACAAGUAUCUGAGGAGCAAAUGGUUGAAAAAAAUAUAUUAAAAAUCAGUUGAGGUGUAUCAUAAUGAAUGCAUUUUGCUUUUUUGAGGCCUUAAUGAAUAUAAUGAAUCUGCACAGGCCUUAAUGAAUAAAGAUUAAAGUGUCAAAGCAAUGCAGGGCAGAGCGAUUAUUUUCAGCACAUGUAAUGUUGAUAAUAUAACUGUUAAACUGAUAUUUUUGUGGGAUAUAAAUCCAAGUCCUAGCAAUCCCACCAUCAGCUGUAGUUUCUUGUUAACUUUUUUCCGUGGAGUGCGCAACAGGCUUCGUGUUUUGUCAGAAAAUCAUCUGUGUUGUGCCAGGUAAAUUAAAUCAUACGGUUCCCGUGACCUCGGGUGUUGAGCUGUAGUUUAUUUCAGCCUGUUGAACAAAAGUGUAAGGGAUGAGGUGUUGUUACUAAAGUGGCUUCCUUUGUCCCCCAAAACGCGAUAGUGCUGUCUUUGAGGAUACGGGGAGCGGGGUUGGGGUCUCCUCUGGCAGCCAGAAAGAGCAGUUGAAUAAAUCGCCCAUUAAAAUGUGGUGUUUGCACAUCAACAGCAUCCAUCUGUUCUGCAGGGCUUUUCAGGACACUGAAAAGUUUUUAAAGUAAGUGAAAGUCUCGCUAAUCAUAUUUUCCUAAUAUCCAAUACAGCUGGUGUAAAUAAAUGAUGCAUAAACUAUGGACAGAUGAGCUACUACUUCUGCUUCUCCUGCCUCGCACAGUGUGGCUUGCCUCUGCUGGUCCUUGCUGGGAUUUUUGUUUGUUUGUUUGUUUUUAAAUCAACCGAUCACAUUGAUCGGGGCCGAUAGCCAAAUGUAGUGUGUCUGGUAUGGAUUUGAAGAGACAUUAUCCCUUUUUUCAGUAAUUCAAAUGGAAUUAGGGUGGUGGUUAGUACCCGUUGUGCACUGCUUUAUUGAAGUGAUGUCUUCUGGAUCGCAGAUUCCUGACUUGGUACCUCCACCGGGUUCCUCUGACUUGGGUUCUGAUUUCAAUGAACAGUUAAAAUGCCUCGUGCCACGUUCUUCCACUGCCGUACCUUGGUUUGCUCGCUUUCUGCUGUUUGUUUGCUCUUGACUGCGGGUGAAAGAUGUGUUUCAGCUAUUUGUGAUUUAACCACACAGUAUUUCAUUAUGGUUUAUUGAUCUUGAACUUCCAAGUAAUUCCCAAAAAAGCAGUGCAGUUUUGUCAAAUUUAAUUGGCCUCUCCAUUUGCAAAAAGGAAAAUGAGAUCACUGAGCCUCUGAGUACUGGUUUCAUCUCCCAGAUACACAAAAAAAAAGGAAAGGCAACGCCUGCAGAUAAUUUGCAGUACACGUUUUUGCAGUGUGGACAUGCAGGAACGGGUGGAUGUUUGCUAACAACGGGCAGCCUGCUGCUUUCCUGGCUCCUUUGUUUUGCCUUCGCUUACAUUAGGAGUUUCACAGAGGUGAGUGAUGCUUCACUGGGAGAUGGUCAGAGCCCAUUGCUCAGGAUGGGUGUGCUGAGGGCUGCCUGCACCCUGCCUGCACCCUGCCUGCACCCGCUGGAGGUGAAGGCUGUCCCCAUUCCCCAAGGGCUGAACCUGUCAGCGCUGCCACUUGCCGAAGGAACCUGCAUGGCAUCAGUGGUGUUGCAAAACCUCUCUUUCAUCAUCUCCCAAGUCAUUUCGUCGCGGGCAACAGUGGAAAUAUGAACCUGUCAUUUAAGUUUUUAUAAAACAUUAGAAUUAGUUUUUUUUUUUUAAAGGAUAAACUCACCACUGCCUUUGCAAAAACAGAAGAAAAAAGGGAUACUCUCUCUUUAGAAAAGCUUUACACAUUAUAUUUUAGAACGCUUGUAUAGAGGGUGAUCUACCUUGAAUUCCCAACCCAGCUUUUGCUUAUGUUGUGCUUUUUAUUGUUUUUUCUUUAUUUUUGAUAUACCUGGAAUGCAGUUUAGCUUGGUAUUAAUUAAAUUCUAAAUAUGUGAGCAUAUUGGCAAAACUGCACAGAUGUAAUGAUAUUCCAAUAGCAAUUGUACUGCACAAGUCAGUGAUUGUAAAGUAUUCUGUAACAAGCAAUGUUUGUCUCCUAUUUUUUGAUACCUCUUAACACUUAUGUCUUUUAGAAAGACAGUGCCUCUGUAUGCUUUUUGUAUUUUUACUGAGUGAUUGUAAAUAUUUGUUAUAUUUUUGGUUAAGAGAAUGUUUAAAAGUACUGUUUAUUAUCCAAUCUAUUAAUAUGUUGGAAUCAAUAAACAAUCUACAUAUA